AAAAUUCCAGAGUUACAUCAAUCUGUGGAUCUAUAUCUUGGUUCAUAUGUCUACCCCUUACUGGAAGAAACUCGUGCAGAACUUGCAUCAGCCAUGGACGGUAUUUAUAAUGCUCCUUUUGCGGAGGUGAUAGCUCUUCACGUGGCAAAACCUUACGACACACACACUUUGCUGUAUGAUGUAAAAGUUGAAAAAUGGAAAAACAGAUUAGGCCAUGGUGAUAGGGAGCCAUAUAGAACCUUGCCUGGAGAUGUAGUUUUGCUUUUAAAUGGGAAACCUGAAUCGGUUGCUGACUUACAACAAUUUGGAUGGACGUGGACUUUUGCGUCGGUGACUAAUAUUGCGGAGGUUGAGAAUGAUGAUACUUACCCAUCCACUUAUUUCAAAGUAAAAGCAAAGAGACGCAUUGAAGUUGAAGAUGGACAGCACAAAUCACUUUAUGUGGUUUUCUUGGCAAACAUAACGACAAAUCGAAGAAUUUGGAAUGCAUUGUGCAUGCGUCAAAACCUAAAUAUCAUUCAAACAGUAUUGUCCAAGAAUGAUCGGGACGACGAAGUUUGUGAACUUUGUUCUUCUCAAGAUGAUACAGAGUCAGACAUAAAAAUCAGACCAACUGCAUCGUUGAAGCUGAAUAAAUCACAAAAUGAGGCAAUAGUGGCUUCUAUUCUGAGAAUGCAAUGUGAGCACAAGUCUUCGGUCAAACUCAUAUGGGGUCCUCCUGGGACUGGGAAGACUAGGACUUUAAGUUUUAUGCUAUUUACUCUCUUGAAAAUGAAUGUCAGAACCCUUGUUUGUGCUCCAACAAAUGUUUCAAUCACAGAUCUGGCUUCUCGAGUGAUCAAACUAAUGAGGGAAUCUUUUGAAGUUGAACCUGAGAAGAGCUUUAGAACUUGUCCUUUGGGUGACAUUCUCAUCUUUGGGAAUAAGGAUCGUCUGAAAUGUGGCUCAGACAUUGAGGAAAUUUUUCUUGAUUAUCGUGUUGAUAGGCUUGUCGAGUGCUUUGCAUCUCUAACUGGUUGGAAGCACCGUAUAUCUUCCAUGAUUUGUUUUCUUGAGGAUUGUGUUUCUGAACACCAAAUCUAUGUGGAAAAUGAAUUGAUAAAAGCUAAACAAAGUCAAGAGGAUGAACUUCAAAAAUCAAAAGAAAGUCGAGAGAAUGAAGUUCAAAAAUCCGAACCAGCAAAGAAACUCCAAAUCUAUGUGGAAAAUGAAUUGAUAAAAGCUAAACAAAGUCAAGAGGAUGAACUUCAAAAAUCAAAAGAAAGUCGAGAGAAUGAAGUUCAAAAAUCCGAACCAGUAGCUUUGCUGGAGUUUGCUAGAGACAGGUUAAGUCAUAUAGCUGUGCCUCUGAGAUCAUGUUUGUUGAAAUUCUUUACUCAUUUAGCUAGAAGUUUUGUUGGUGAUCAAAUUUUUCAAUACAUGGCACAACUCGUUUCUUUGCUGGACUCUUUGGAAACAUUAUUUUUUCAAGUCAAAUUGACAUCUGAAGAAUUGGAGAAUAUCUUUUCACACCAGGGAACAGUUGAUUCUUCCCAAUCAUCUGUUCACGCAUCACAGUUACUAUAUACUAAAACCCAGUGCCUCUCUAUUCUAAAGUCUCUCCAGUGUUCCUUAGCAAAACUUGACUUCCCAAGUGUGAUGGAUAAAACCUCUAUAAUGGAAUUCUGUUUCAAAAAUGCUUCCUUAAUAUUUUGCACUGCUUCUUCUUCAUAUAAGCUACACUCAGUGGAUAUUGAACCGGUCAAAUUGUUGGUUAUCGAUGAAGCUGCUCAAUUAAAGGAGUGUGAAUCAAUUAUACCUCUUCAGCUCCUAGGCUUGAGGCAUGCUGUUCUAGUUGGAGACGAAUGGCAAUUACCAGCGACUGUUAUCAGCAAGUUGUCUGAUGAAGCUGGCUUCGGAAGAAGCUUAUUUGGAAGACUGAGUUCAUUGGGUCAUUCUAAGCAUCUCCUUGAUAUGCAAUAUAGAAUGCACCCAUCAAUUAGCCACUUCCCAAAUUCAAAUUUCUAUCAGAAGAAGAUCAUAAAUGCGCCCAAUGUGAAAGAUAAAAGCUAUGAACGUAGCUAUCUUCCUGGGAGGAUGUUUGGUGCUUAUUCAUUCAUAAACAUUCUAGAAGGAAAAGAAGAAAUGGAUGAUUUUAGUCAUAGCCGAAGAAAUAUGGUUGAGGUAGCUGUAACUGUAAAGAUAGUGAAAAAACUCUACAAAGAAUGGAGUGUUUCACAAGAGAAACUUAGCGUUGGUGUAAUAUCGCCCUAUGCUGCUCAAGUUUUGGCAAUUCAAGAAAAACUAAAGGCUGAAAACCAUGAGGGGUUUACAGUUACAGUCAAGUCCAUUGAUGGAUUUCAAGGUGGAGAAAAAGACAUAAUAAUUAUAUCUACUGUCAGAUCUAAUAAUGGUGGGUCCAUUGGUUUCUUGGCAAGCCCUCAGAGAACUAAUGUUUCUUUGACAAGAGCUCGACAUUGUCUCUGGAUCCUAGGGAAUGAAAGAACACUGCAAAAUAGUGAUUCAAUUUGGCAUGCAUUAGUGCAUGAUGCCAAGGAUCGUCAAUGCUUUUUUAAUGCAGAUGAAGAUAGCGACUUGGCCAAAACAAUUGUAGAUGUUAAGAAAGAUCUAGAUCAACUUGACGACCUACUCAAUGGAGAGAGUAUACUGUUCAAAAGUGCAAGAUGGAAGGUUUUAUUCAGUGACAACUUCAAAAAUUCAUUUCAUAAAUUGAUAUCCACCUGUGUGAAAAAGUCAGUAAUGAAUCUUUUACUGAAGAUUGCUAGUGGAUGGCGACCGAAGAGAAGAAGUAUGGACUUGAUGUGUGAGAGGUCCUUGCAAAUUGUGAAACAAUUUAAGGUUGAAGGUUACUAUAUUGUUUGCACAAUUGAUAUAAUGAAAGAAUUGAACUACAUGCAAGUUUUGAAGGUCUGGGACAUAUUACCUUUAGAAAUGGUCCAGAAAUUGUUGAGGCGUCUUGAUAGCAUAUUUGCUAUGUAUACAGUUGAUUUUAUCAACCGCUGUAAGGAGAAAUGUAUAGAGGGGAAUUUGGAAGUUCCAAAGAUCUGGCCAAUGUCCCAUGAUAUAGUCCGGUAUAAGAAUAUCAUCAACAACAACAUAUUAGAUGGUGAUUCAAGUGGUUGCAUUGUAGAAUGCAGAAGUUAUGUUGAAAAUUCCAAAGUGAAUGAGAGUUUGUUGUUGAUGAAAUUUUACCCUUUAUCAACCGGUGUUGUGCACCAUUUGCUAUCUGACCAAGACUGCAGAGAACUUGAUCUCCCAUUUGAGGUUACAGAUGAGGAGCGUGAAAUAAUUUUAUUUCCUAGAAGCAGCUUUGUAUUAGGUCGAUCGGGGACUGGGAAAACAACUAUUUUGACUAUGAAGCUUUACCGGAAGAUAGAGCAGCACCGCCUUGCUUUAAAUGGUAUCAGUUCGGCUGAGAGUUGUUUGUCCAUGAACAAUAGAGCUGAUGAAGGUACAUGUAUGAGUGAAUAUAAGGACAAUGUCUUGCACCAGCUUUUCGUCACUGUCAGUCCAAAGCUCUGUUAUGCAAUCAAACAACAUGUGUCUCGGCUGAAAAGCUUUGCUGGUGGUGGACAAUUCCAUAGAGACGACAGUUCUAUUGAUGUGGAUGGAAUUGAUCAAAUGGUACAAUUUCAGGACAUUCCGGAUUCAUUUGUUGGAAUUAAACCAGAAAAGUAUCCUCUUGUUAUUACACUUCAAAAGUUCUUAUUGAUGCUUGAUGGUUCUCUGGGUAAUUCAUACUUUGAGAGGUUUCCAGAUCUGAAGGAUUUUUCUCAAGAUAAAAGAAGUUUGAAAUCUGUGGCAUUGCAAUCUUUCAUGAGGAAGAAGGAGGUUGAUUAUGACCAUUUCAAAUCCUUUUAUUGGCCACAUUUCAAUUCAAAGCUGACAAAGAAUCUUGAACCUUCAAGAGUAUAUACUGAGAUAAUGUCUCAUAUAAAAGGAGGCUUACAAGUGGGCGAGGCAUGUGAAAUUAAGCUAAAUAGGGAAGACUAUGUUUCAUUGUCUGAUAAGAGGGUGUCCAAUUUUUGUGCUCAGGAGAGGAAGGCCAUCUAUGAUAUUUUUAAGGACUAUGAGAAAAUGAAGAUGGAGCUUGGUGAAUUUGAUAUUGCUGAUUUAGUGAUCGACCUUCAUCAUCGGCUAAAUAAUUCAAAUUUACCGGGUGGAAAAAUGGACUUUGUAUAUGUUGACGAAGUUCAAGACCUUACUAUGAGACAAAUUGCUUUGUUUAAAUAUGUUUGCAAAAAUGUUGAUGAAGGCUUUGUAUUUUCAGGCGAUACAGCACAGACUAUUGCAAGAGGAGUUGACUUUAGGUUUGAAGAUGUACGUUGUUUAUUCUACAAGGAGUUUUUAAUGAAAACAAAAAAAAUUGAAUGUGGAGGUAGAAGGGAGAAAGGACAUUUAUCAGAUAUGUUUAACUUGUGCCAAAAUUUCCGUACUCAUUCUGGUGUGCUCAGAUUAGCACAGAGCGUAAUUGAUCUUCUUUGCCAUUUUUUCCCUCAUACUAUUGAUGUAUUACCACCAGAGACUAGCUUUGUUUAUGGCGAACCUCCAGUUGUGAUGGAGCCAGGUAGCAAUGAGAAUGCAAUUAUCACUAUUUUUGGAUGUAGUGGAAAUGUAGGAAAAAUGGUAGGUUUUGGCGCUGAGCAGGUCAUAUUAGUGCGUGAUGACUCUGCGAGAAAGGAAAUAUCUAACUGGAUUGGACAUCAAGCUCUUAUUUUGACGAUAGUAGAGUGCAAGGGUCUCGAAUUUCAGGAUGUGUUACUAUUCAACUUCUUUGGCUCUUCACCCCUGAGGAGUCAGUGGAGAGUAAUCUACGAGUUCUUGAAAGAAAAAGACUUGUUUGAUUCUAGUUUUCCCAAGUCCUUUCCAAGUUUUAGCCAAUUAAGACACAAUAUCUUGUGUUCUGAACUAAAACAAUUAUAUGUGGCCAUUACUCGAACAAAGCAAAGAUUAUGGAUUUGUGAAAAUGCUGAAGAGCUUUCAAAGCCAAUGCUUGAUUAUUGGAAGAGACUUGGCCUUGUGAAUGUGAGGAAAGUUGAUGAUUCACUAGCACAGGCAAUGCAAAGAGCAAGCAGUCCAGAGGAAUGGAAAUCACAAGGAAUUAAGCUCUUUUGGGAAAAAAAUUAUGAGAUGGCCAUCAUGUGCUUUGAAAGAGCUGGAGAACCAACAUGGGAAAAACGAGCUAAAGCUGCUGGCCUUAGGGCAUCUGCUGAUCAUAUGCGUGGUUCAAAUCCCAAAGAGGCCCGUAUAAUGCUUAGAGAGGCUGCUGAAUUAUUUUAUUCUGCUGGCAAAAGAGAUUCAGCAGCUGAAUGUUUUUUCGACUUGGAGGAAUAUGAAAGAGCAGGAAGGAUUUAUUUGGAAAAGAGUGGCGAAUCAGAGCUAAGUAAAGCCGGUGAAUGUUUUUCUCUAGCUGGAUGCUAUGAGCUUGCAGCAGAUGUUUAUGCAAAAGGAGACUUCUUCGUAGAAUGCUUGUCAGCUUGCAAUAAAGGGAAAUGUUUCACGAUUGGUUUGCAAUAUGUUGAGCAUUGGAAACAACAAGCAUCACUAACUGAUGGUAUGAUGAAUAAGUUUAAAGAUUUGGACAAAAUUGUGCAGGAAUUUUUGGAGAGCUGUGCUCUGGAUUGUCACAAGUUUAAUGAUAAAGCAUCAUUGAUGAAAUUUGUUAGAGCUUUCCACACAAUGGAAUCGAGACGAAAAUUCUUGAAGUCUCAUGACUGCCUUGAAGAUCUUCUGGUUUUGGAGGAAGAGUCUGGAAACUUCAUGCAAGCUGCAGAAAUUGCACAAGUGAUUGGAAAUCUCCUACUUGAAGUUGAUCUUCUGGGUAAGGCUGAGCAUUUUAGAAAUGCCACUUUCCUUACCCUAGCCUAUGUGCUUUCUUGCUCUUUAUGGGAUUCUCGAGGUAAAGGUUGGCCCCUCAAGUCAUUUCCUCAAAAGCAGGAACUCGUAAAUAAAGCAAUUUCAUUUGCAGAGAAGGAAUCUGGAAGUUUCUAUGGAUUUGUUUGUGCUGAAGUUGAAAUUCUGUUACAUGAGCAGGGUAAUGUGUCUGAGUUGAUACAGUGUUUCAGUGGUUCACAGAAGCACGGAAGUCUCACAGUUGAAUUUCUUUCUGUUAGAAAACUUUUAGAUGCCCAUUUUCAAAUACAUCCGGCGAAGUAUGAGUUGGAACAUGAAUUUCCUACCAACUUGAAAAAAUAUUCAGAAGAAAAAAUUUUGCAAAACAAAUUAUCUCCCAGAACUCUUUUUUACCUUUGGAAUUUAUUCAAGGAUAAAAUUUUGGGAAUCCUAGAAUGUCUUGAUUGUCUCGAGAGAGAAGACGUCAGCAAAUGCAACCGUACUGUUGACUUCUGUUUGCAUUAUUUUGGCGUCCGGAGGCUGUCGAAUAAUCUGAAUGUGACCUAUCGCCUGCUGAACCCUUCUGCAGAAUGGGUAAAAAAUAUUGACGGGAGGUUCUUACGGCGGCAAAGAGAGGUGGUGACCCUUGAAGCUCAACAUUUUGUUUCCGCCUUUAGGACUUACUGGCUUGGAGAAUUACAAUCUGUUGGAUUAGGAGUUCUUGAAGCCCUUUACAAAUCUUAUGUGGGGAAAUCCUUUUCUAAAUAUUGUCAAGGCAUCUGCCUGACCUUUAUCUUUGAUGUCGUGAAAUUCUUCACCGAGUCCAAAUUGCGUGACUUUAAGAGUGUUUCUAUCAAAAAGUUUAUUGAUAUAUCAAUCAAUUACUUCGACAUUGUUUUUCCUUUAGAUUCUCAGGAAUCCUUAUCAGAAUAUAUAAUUUAUCUGAGAGGAACUGAACAGUCUCAGAAUUUACUCGAAGAUGUUAUCUCUCGACAUAUUGGCACAAAAGAUGAACUGACCUAUGGACAAAUCGGGAAGGCUGUGAUGAUUUUGCUUGGGUCAGGCAAACACAAAAUUGACCUUUGUGAGAUGAUGGCUAAAAAAAUCCCCAAAAAUUCGUCCUGGAAAGAAUUCCUUAAGAUUCUCAAGGGGAACAAGGAGUCGGAGUCAAAUUCAUUGAUUCAGAAGUUCCACAAUGCUUUGCAAGAAACUUACAAUGCCAACUGGAGGGUACGGGGAUAUAUAGCUCCUAAUUGUUACUUGUAUCUUAUGGAGCGCCUUGUUAUUUUGGCAUCUCAUAACCCCGUUUCCUUCUUCUCUACAAAAUCAUCAUUUGUGGAGUGGUUAGUAUAUCAGCAAUCUCGUGGCAUCCCAAGUGCUAGUUUAGUCACUGACAAGCGACCCUAUCCAAAAAAUGUCUUUGAUUUUGUUAUUACAGUGGUCAAGCAGUUCCUUUUUUAUGGUCAAGAAACAGCACAAUGGAUUAGGGAUUCUAGUAUUAGUUACAAGUACCAUCCAGUGCUAGUGUUGAGGUUGUUUGUUAUACUGUGCUUGCUGUGUCUUAACUCCCGAAUGUAUUCCAAUGUACUUUUUGAGCUUCUAAGUCUAUCUAACAUCAGAGCCCAGCUUCCAAGAGAAUUCUGUGAAGCUCUUCAAAAGAAAAGGAAGAAUGAUGAUGUGAAUUUAUAUGCAGUUGCUAGAGCAUUCAAAUCAAUUGGGGAUCCUGUUGUCAUUGUCACCCGGGGAGAAAAAAAUGAUCUGAAAUUUGUCUGUCCUGAUGCCAUUAUUCUUGACAUGAGCGUUUCCCGGAGCGAAAAAGACAUCAUGGAAGUUUUAUUUCCGAGCAGCAGUAAAACUUCUCAUGGACAAAUCACUUCAGUUGAAGCAAAUAUGAUUAAAUCUAGCGGUGAACUUCCUGCUAGCAUCAGCAAUCAUGGCAAGACUUCUAUGUUGCCAAAUUUGAAUACAGAAUUGGAAAUGGAUCGGAAUUUGAGUACAGGGAAUGGAAAUGAUGGACUGCAGAUGAACUGGGGAGUUCUUCGGGAAAUAUAUGAUAUAUUGAAGUCUGGGGAAAAUAGGAAAGAUGGAAAUCUGAAGAUCCUUGCAAUGGAAAAGAAGGUACAAGUGGACAUCUUAGCCACUCAAAUGAUCCAUUUCUCUGAUAAGAAAUCUCUUGCUGGUGAAGAUAAUAACAUGCUGGGUGAAGCUGUCAACGCAAUUGAGGAAUUGAAGCAGCUUUCUUCUUUGAUUACAAGUGACUUGGAAGAGAGAGAGACUUUGAUGAUUGGAGAACUUUUGAAAAGCUUGGAGUCGAGAAGGCCUAAACUCGACAUAUACCUUAGGCGGUCUGUUGUGCAGACUGAUACAAAAGAAAAAUAUCAAAGUGUUGUAUCUUGUGACGAGGAAAUUUCUAACAGAAAUAGUAGUGAAGAUAGCACGGAAAAUUUACCCGUCACUGUUGCUCCCGAAACACAAAGUAAGCCAGACCAGGUCAAUGAUUAUGAAGGCAAGCAAGGAAAGGGAAAGGGCAAGAAUAAGAAGGGAAAGAAAUCGAAAGGUCGGAAAAAAUAAGCUGGAUGGAAGUCUUGUACAUUGAGCACUUGCAAACUAGUGGAAUUUGUGUAAAUACUGCUGUUUUGAAACUGCUAAGAUUAUCAUGGCCUUCAUGCUCUACCAAAUCCUUUAAGGAGAAAAAUUACGGAGCUUUUGUUAGAUAGAACUUAAAUUAAAUGCUAUUUGUAUUUCUCUUCAAGUUUAAGCAAUUGCUAUUUGAAUC